AUGGAUACAAUCAACACCACGUCUGCUGCCGGGUGCGCGGAGCGGAAAACUAUAUUGCACCCCAAUGGUCAAACAACAGCCUACAUUCACGAUACCUUCACUGAUCCGUGGAGACCAGCGGAGACGAUUUUAAUCCAGCAUGGAUUCGCCCGGACCGCUGACCACUUCUACCACUGGGUUCCAGCCCUGAGCCGCCGCUACAAUGUCAUUCGGCGUGACCUGCGCGGACACGGAUUCUCAAGCUACCCACAGCCGGGAGAGGACUACGACUACUCUACAGCCACCAUAUUAGAGGAGAUCAAGGAUACGCUGGAUCAACUCGGCGUGCAGCGGGUUCACUUUCUGGGAGAAUCGACCAGCGGAAUGCUUGCCGAGGCCUUUGCCGCAACGUAUCCAGAACGUGUCAGUUCUAUCAUCGUUUGUUCUUCUCCAACGCACUUGCCACUAGCUGCCCAGCAGUUUCUAGCAUUUGGAAUGGACUCAUGGCCCGAUGCAUGCCGCAAGCUGGGAGCUCGCAAAUGGGCUGAGCGCCUGGCUGCCUCGCCUGGAACACUGGCCAGCACCGAUCCGGCCUACGUCAAGUGGUGGACAGACCAAAUCGCCGUAAGCAAUGGCUACGGGUUGGCUGGAUACGCAGAGUUUCUGUGCCAGCUCGAUUCUCGGCCGUUUCUAGACAAGAUUCAGGCACCAAUGCUCAUUCUCGCCCCUACAAACAGCGCCGUUGUGACCAUCGAGUCGAUGAGAGAAUUAGCAGCAAAGGUUCCCACGGCCAGGCUGCAGCUUAUUGAGUCUCGGGGCCAUGAAAUAUACUUUGAAGCUGCUGAAGCAUGCCAGAGUAGUGUAUUGGACUUUCUUUCUCAAACCAAUUAA